UUUAUUUUAGGACAUUGUGGAUUGGUGUAAUGUUUUAAAUUCAGUAGACCUGUUUGAUACAUUUACAAGAUGGAUAGAAGUAACAGUUUUGCAUAUCAAUAUCAGAAUACUGAUGAAACUUACUUUAAUAAUCCCGAUUUAAUUAGAAGAUUACCAGUACAUGAUGAUUUCUUAAAACAAGAACCAUUUUUGGAUUUAAACUACACAUGCCCAAAGGAUAUUAAAGUCAAGAGAUAUAUUGGUUCUGGUGUCACAUUUAUUAGUUUAGUUGCUGAAAAUUUACUUAGUCAUCCCUUUGUGGUACUUAGGAGGCAAUGUCAAGUUCACCAAAAUGCCCAGAAAUAUCAUCUACAACCUUUCACUCUAAUGCCAGUAGUUUGGCGUUUGUAUCAACAUCAAGGUAUAACGAGCCUUUGGAAAGGUAUAGGUUCAGUUUUAUUAGUUAAAGGAAUGUCCUUAGGAGUAGAUGAUAUGAUUUCUAAAGUAACACCCUGGCCUAAAGAUAUAUCUUGGCAUAGCAGCCUUAAACAAUUUUUUCAACAUACUUUACUAAAAUGUCUUAGUUUAGCCACAGUUACUCCAUUUUAUUCAGCUUCUUUUGUAGAAACCGUUCAAAGUGACAUAGCUAGUGAAAAACCUGGUAUUUUAGAUGUGUUCAAGGAAGGUAUCAUGAGGUUAUUACAUUGGGGUUCACCAGCAAAUGGUAGAAUGUUACCAAUAUGGGCUCUUAUUGUACCCACUAUUACAUUAGGUUUAGCUAAGUAUAUGUUCUCUAUGUUAGUUAAAGGUAUAACUAUCAGAAUUCUGGCAGUUAAAUCAAGAGCCAGAUAUGAAGAAAAUGGCGCACUACCAAAAGACCCAUAUAAUUCUGAAAUGCAGGACAUUCAACUAACAGCUUCCUUAGUUGCUUUGAUUACCACUGAUAUUCUUUUUUAUCCAUUUGAAACAGUAAUUCACAGAAUCCAUCUACAAGGUACCCGUACAAUCAUUGAUAAUUUAGAUACAGGAAGAUCUGUGUUACCCAUUCUAACAAACUAUUCGGGUGCUAUUGAUUGCUAUGAAAGUUGUUUGGCAAAUGAAGGUGUUAGUGGCCUUUAUAAAGGAUUUGGAGCUCUUAUCCUGCAGUAUACAAUUCAUGUAGCUCUUUUAAAAAUGUCACAUUGGAUCCUAACGCAAGUUGGCAAUUUAGUAGUUCAAAGUCCUGAAUCCCAACCAAAAAUACCAGCAAAAAUUUCUCCUCCUGCCAUUUCCAAUUUGACUGUUUCACGUAGGUCAUAUCUACUUCCUUGAAGUCCAUGGAAUAUUUAUUCUCAUAGAAAAAGUUGGUAAGGUUUAUGAACUUAUUUUUUGUUUUCAAUAUAUAGUUAAUUUUCCUUCUUCUUUCAAAGGUUCUUUCUUUUAAACAUUGCG